AUGGGGCGAAAAAACAAGUCAAAGUCAAAAUCUCACAGAUCAAGGGCAGAUUAUCGCCAACGGGCAAUGAAUGCCUAUGAGCAGGCUACGAUAGAAGAGGAAAAGACGUCUAAAGGAAGAGGUGAUAAAUUUAGUGAUACAGAUGAAAGUGAGGAUGAUAACGUGCAAACAAAGUAUGAAGAUACAAUCAUUGAUGCACGAGCCCUUUUGAAAGAAGGAAAAUUGGAGGGUAUAAGUAAGGAUGAUUUUGAGGACGAAGAAAUUGAUUCAGAUGAAGCAUUCGGAACUGAUGAGGAAUAUGAGGAUGAGAUUUUGGAUAAUGGGGAAUUUUCAGAAGAUUUAGAUGAUGAGGAGAACCUUCAAUACGAUCAUGUGAAUAAGGAUGAACUUCUUCCUUUAUCGGCAAUUUGGGAGGAGGACGAUAAAGAGCUGGUUAAAGAAAAAGUUACGGACAAGAUGAAAAAAAGAAUCGAAGAUGGAGGGAAGCAAGAAGACAUUAUACUAGAUGAGAACAUUAGUAGCAGUGAAGAUGAGAGUGAAAUUGAUUCAUAUAAUAGUUCUUCUUCAGAAGAAGCGGAAGACCAAGAGGAAGAAAAUCCAUUUGAUGAAAUUGAUGAGACGGCAGAAGACACCAAGCCGUUGAAAAGCGUUAUAUCAAAGUUGGAAAAAGCGGCUCCAAAGGAGGGAAAGAAAUUAUCUUCAUUGGUUAACGAUACAUCCAAGGACAGUCAGUAUAGUCUUCCAACUACCGGAACAUCUAUAAGUUUUGCAGAUAUGCUUGCGGGUGUUAGCGAGGCCAAAGACCAAACACUUUUAAUAAAUACAGAAACUCCUCAAGAAGGAAAAGAAGAAUCGGACAUCAAGAAUGGAGAAACUGAUAAUGGUGCGUUUGCAAUUCCGCUUCCCCAGAGCAUAGAAAAGAGACAGGAAAGAAAAGCAGCUUAUGAUAUUCAAAAAGAGGAAGUGAAUAAGUGGAGGGAUACAGUAGAAGAGAACAGACGAGCAAGAGUACUUGAUUUUAGUCGUAAACCACUGAAACACAACACACCAUCUUCAUUUUCGCCAAUAAGUGCACCUUUGAACAAGCUUGAGACAAAACUUGAACAAGUGAUAAAGGCAUCAAACUCUGAGAGCAAGAAAACAGAAGAUGUGUUUGAAAAGAUUGAAACCGCAAAAAUAUCCAAGGCCGACUUGAUAAAGCGUACAAAUGAGCUCAGGCUGAUGAGGGAAUUGAUGUACAGAGGUCAGAAAGAUUCUAAAAGAUUAAAGAGAAUCAAGUCGAAGGCGUACAGAAGAAUCAUGAAAAAGGAAAGGUUGAAGAACAAGAGAUUGGCAGAGGAGGCAGAGGGCAUAACAGAAGAUGCCGAGGAGGAUGCCUACGAAAGAGCAAAAGAAAGAAUGACGUUAAAACAUAAGAACAAUUCAUCCUGGGCCAGGAAGAUGAUAAAGAGCGGCAUGUCAAAAGAUUCGGAAAGCCGUGAGGAAAUGGAGGAAAUGAUGAGGAGAGAAGCCUCUUUGCGUAAAAAGCAACUUGGCCAGAGGGAUAACGGAGAUAGUGAUGAUGAGAGAAAUCUUUCCGAUUUAGAGCGGGAUAUCCAGGAAGGGGAAGAAGCAUCCGAAGAGAAAUCUUCAUUAGGCAAAGGCAUUAUGAAUAUGGACUUUAUGAAGGCUGCUGAGAAAAAGGAAAAACUUCGUAACUUGCAAGAAAUUGAGGAACUUAGAAAUAUACAGGAAGGUGGAGCCACCAUGGUAUUUAAAGAAAAAGCAAAUGCGGUGAAUGUGAAUCUUAAUUCUGGACGCCGGAUCUAUACUCCUCAAGCGGCUGUUGCUGCUGAACAUUUAAACAAGGAAAUGGAAAAGGUGGCAAAGGAAGUUGAAGAUGAUGAAUUGCGUGAUCUUGACCAUAGGCUACAGAAGAAUGUUUCUGCGCAAAAUCUCAAGCUUAAGCAAACGAGGCGUCAAAAAGGGGCAAAUGAUGUAACGCAAGAAGCCGAUGUUCAUAAAUCUGAGAAUCAGAAUCAAUCAGAUUCAAACGAUGAGUUCAAUCCAUGGAUGGAUGCUGAGGAGGAUAUUACAGAUAAGACGGGGCAUCAUUCUUCGAAAAUACAGGUAGUGGAUAAGAAUUCCAGUAAGACUGUCAAGGCAGCGGCUAAAAUUGAAAAGAAGAGGCUAAAGGAAAUGGAAAGAAGAAAGAGGAAGAGUCAUGAGGAUACGAGUGCCGAUGUACAGAUUGCUGACAAGUCGACCAUUAAGAUUGUAGGUUUUAAAAAGAGGAAGACAUCUGAUGAUGAUGAUGAUGACAAGUUGCACACAUUCAAGCAAAAGGAUCUUAUCAGGGAUGCUUUUGCAGGUGAUGAUGUAAUAGAAGAAGAGUUCGAAGCGGAGAAAAAAGAAGUGGAGGAUUUGGAGGAUGAUAAGGAAGUGGUGGAGGAUACCUUACCGGGUUGGGGUUCAUGGACCGGUGAUGAUGAAAGCACAAAUAAGAACAAUAGAGGAAAGGGUAAAAAAGGAAGGUGGGGAAAGAGAGAGCCAAAGACCACAAUUGUUGAAGGAGUUGUAUCCAGAAAUAAAAGGAAGGACAAAGAUAGAAAGAAUGUGAUUAUAAAUGAACGUGUGAACAAGAAAAACGAGAAAUAUUUGGCUGAUAAGGUUCCUUAUCCGUAUAAAACUUGGGCACAAUACGAAAGAUCUUUGAGAACACCUCUUGGUCAGGACUGGAAUUCCAAGAGUACAUAUAGGAAGAUCAACACUCCAGCUGUUAUUACCAAGUUUGGUGAUGUGAUUAACCCAUUAAAGAUGCCAACUAAAAAGGAAUGA